AUGUCGACGGAUGACGGAAAGCUAGCGCGAUUUCCACUGGCUUCGAUGGAGGCAUUCACUCGCCCCAUAUCUGCUCUAGCCCGGCAUCGAGUCCAUCAACUUACAGACAUACGAGAAGUUUCCGGCUCCUCCAAAACGGCGACACUGGGCCAUUCAGUGCGGGAGUGGAAUGACGGUUGCGUCGACAGACCCGCAACCCCCGCGCCGCCAGCGGACGCGCUUUCACAUACCACCUCCUCCGAGUAUCUUACACCAACAGCGUUUCGUUCCGGCCCCAGAAAUUGUACAACCGGUCUUGGAAGUCGUGCUGCAAGCGCAGUCAGCCUGCCCCAUAGACCCGUCCCCGAGCGCAAGUCUUCCGCCAGUAUUCUCUCCCGGAGCCUUGGUGGUCCUGUACAGGCUUCGAUGCGUGAGCUGCCCACAUGGAGAAUCGCAGAGCUGGAUGGCGCCGACACCCUGGUCCGCGACAAAGGGCGAGCCGAGUCUCCCGUUCGGCGAUCAAUAGGUCGUGCGGCUCAAUCAUCUGAGAUUCUCCGUCCUGCCUUCACCCGCACCUUCAUUCGCACCUCGCCUCCGCACGAAGUAUUGGACCACGGCAGCAGUCGUCACCCUCGGGUAGAGCUUUCGGUCAGCGUUCCCUCACCCCUUUUUGUAGGAGGUGGUACGGUGGAAGGACAACUCACCCUUCAAGUGGAUGGCGGAGUUGCGAGAAAGCCAAAGACGAAACCCAUCUACAUCUCCAAAGCUUGCGUGGAUGUCAUUGGCGUGGAAGAAGUCAAUGAUGGCCGACGCUGGGUAUUUCUGUCGCUUGCAACAGAACUGUUGGACAGAGAGAAUCCUCCUCCACCUUCCCUGGUCACAUCGCAGACCCCUGAGCCUGGUGCAGAUCUGUGGUGGGAGAUGAAGUCGGCUUCGUCGCUCAUUCCCUUCUGCGUCAACCUGCCUCUGAAGCUCGGUCCUCCUCCUUACGCUUCGAGACAAGCUUCUAUUCGUUAUCUCCUGUGCCCUUCGAUUGUGGUCAAGACCGGAGACAAAAGAACCGUGAUCAGACAGACAUAG